GGGAGGAGGCGGGCAGCUGGGCGGUGUCGCCGGGGGGCCGCGCCCGGCCCCGGCGGCUAUAAAGAAAUGGAGGCCGCGGGGUGCGGCGCGGCGCCAGCAUGGCCGAGGUGAAGCUGGCCGUGCUGGGCGGUAGCGGAGCCGGCAAGUCGGCGCUGGCGGUGCGGUUCCUGACCAGGCGGUUCAUCGGAGAGUACGCGUCCAACGCCGAAUGCAUCUACACUAAACACUUAUGCCUGGAUGGGAGGCAGAUACACUUGGAAAUUUAUGACCCUUGUUCACAGCCACAGCGGGGGAAGCUCUCCCUCACAGACGAGCUCCACUGGGCUGAUGGAUUUAUCAUUGUUUAUGACAUCAGUGACAGAGCAUCAUUUGCAUUUGCUAAAGCUUUGCUGUACAGGAUCCGAGAGUCUCACAUAGGAGGUUGUAAAAAAAUGGUCGAGUCGUCAGUAUUUUUGGUUGGUAAUAAACAGGAUUUAUGUCACAUGAGGGAAGUUGGCUGGGAUGAAGGACAGAAGCUGGCAACAGAUAACAAGUGCCAAUUCUGUGAACUGUCUGCAGCAGAACAUUAUCAGGAAGUUGUGGCAAUGUUCAUGAAAGUCCUGAGGAAUAUCACCUCAAAUUUCAAAGCGAAGGAAAAGAGACGACCAAGUGGAUCAAAGUCAAUGGCCAAGUUAAUCAACAAUGUGUUUGGAAAGAGAAGGAAAUCUGUGUAAAAGAUGGUUAGUCUUGAAAUAGGAACAAGCUGAAAUAAUGGAGCACAGGCAGCUCUUGGGAUUCAGUCAAAUUCCUCCAAAGGUCAAUGUCUGGAGGAAUAAGACAGUAGAAAGCAAAGGCAGGAGUUAGUAUGGUCAAGUGGACAGGGCCUAGACCUAAAAGACUUGACCUUCUAUUUCCAGUUCUACUACAGAUUUACUGUGUUAGGGCUAUGUCAGUUAAACUCUAAGCUGCUCCUCUCACCCUUUAUCUCAUAAGUUCUUCAAGGAGAGUUUCAGUCUGUAUUUAUUCAAUACCAACAUGGUCUUGGAUAGAGCUUCUAGGUGUGGCUGAAGUAUAAACAGUUAUUCUGAUAAACCCAGCCCUGCUGAUCAAAAUUUUACUUCAGAAUUCUGAGAAGUAGUUGUUUUUUGGACAAGAACACUUGCACUAAAAAGAAAAGCAAAAUACUGCUGCUUCAUGUGAUAAUGUAUUUGUAUUUUACUCAAGAAAGGAUGGCUCAGAUCCUUGUGUGCCUAAAGGUGCCUAACACUUGCUGAAAUUCAUGUGAAUUAAAUGCUUAGACACCAAAUCUACAAAAGAUAUUUACCUGCAAAGCUGCCUUGCAGAGGCACCAGAAGUAGGGAAGCAGAUAAACAAAGCAGUAUUGUCUCCUGUUUCAGUAUCUUUUUUUUUUUUUUUUUUUUUUUUUGAGUGAUGAUAGAAUGUAGAGAGGGUUGAGGAGGAUGGGAGCUUAAAUGUUGGUGAAAUGUUAGUCAGUGAGCAUUGGACUGUUUUGGCAAUUUCAUUGUUCAGUGAAAUAAUUUUAUGGCUAGGGACAGCGUAACUUCUUGGGCUGAUCCCUUUCACAGAGCAGUUUUUGUGGGCUGUAACAAAGUUUCCUUACCUGUAAGGUGGAUGUGCCUGUUCAAUUUUAGAUGGGAGGGGAAGCUUGAAAAGCACAUGGACUGGUAUAGAGCACAAGUUCUUUAGGAUAUCUGCCUGGAUUUAAAGGUCAGCCUGCUGGUAAGACCUGUGCACCUAACUUACAUAGAGAGUUUUUCCUAAGGACCAAUGUCUUUAAAACUAGUCAUCGCUAUGGUAUUGAAAUGCCACUUGAGAGACCACUAAGCAAUAUGUUAGCUACACUUUUCAAAUGUGGAUAUUAAACAUCAGACAGGUCUAAAUAUGUUGUCAAUUGACAUUCAGAGCUCUUACUGUAGACAACUAAAUAAGGGCUUAGCCCAGCGUGUUUGAAAGUGCUGUGCUCAUACAGAAAUUAUGAAAGGGAAGAGCAGUGACCUGAAGACGAAUUACUGCCUCCUACCCAUUCCAGAGGACAGCUGGGAUUCAGUCUUUGUAAGUUGCUGAGUUGAAGCCUACCUCUGCUCUGAUAUUUUACCUGCAUUGAAACUAGUAAGAUUACUUUAUCAGUCACAGCAGAAUACUGAUUUUCAAAUGUCCUACCCCAUAACAUAAAAAAACUAUAUAAUCUUAGCAUUACUGUUGUAAAAUAAAACUAAAGCACAUUUUAAUAAGCGUUGACCAAAGAUCACUUCAUUAUUUAAGGAAAAGAUACUGUUUAUUUCACCUGUUUUAAGACUACAAAUAUUGGAAUACAGUUCUCAGUGUUGACAGGCACAGUGUUGCUUUAUUUCUAUGCAGAUGCUGCUCUGCCAUAUCAGGAGUAGUGUAUUUAACUGUAUUGUCAAUAUCUAUGAGGCUGAACUUGAAGACUACUCAUUUACACCCUUCAGCUUUCUAGCACACAUGGAAUUCCAGAACUACUAACAGACUGUCAAUCUGUCAGGUAGCUGUAUCUUGCUGGCUCUAGCAUUGCCAGAUUCAAGAACUCUUAUCUGUAUUUACUGCUAUGGUAUUAAAUAAACUGGAUAUGAGAUGGA